AUGCAAGUAUCCAAGACUGCUGCUUGGGUUGUGAGGAAAAUCAUCAGUAGUAGGGGCCUUAUAAUUGGCACCCAGAAUUUGCAAGGAGACUUGAUGCACAGGCUGGAACAAUUACAAGAAGCUGAGGGCAAGUUUAGCAUUAAGAAGCUAUAUAAAAAGCUUAGGCCUCCUUAUCAGAAAGUCCCUUGGAAACAGAUGCUAUUACAACCCCUGCUCCAUCCUAGAUAUAUGUUCAACCUUUGGCUUGCUGUUCAGGGGAGACUUGCUAUUGUGGAUCGAUUACUGAAGUUUGGUAUUAAUGUUCCUCGAACCCAUGUGUUCUGCGGAUUAGCUGAAGAAGUGUUUGAACAUUUGUUUUUUGACUGCCUUAUAGUUAAAGGUGUUUGGUCUAGACUAUUGAUUUGGCUUAGUCAUCCAAGAGCUAUAGCUAACUGGUCUUCUGAGGUGACAUGGAUUAAUAGAGGGGCAAAGAAGAAGGCUGGGCACUGGGUUGUUGUCAACUGUGUCUUUGAUAUGAUGGUAUAUCACAUAUGGACAGGCAGGAACAAGCUCAGCUGGUAG